AUGAUGGCUUCCCCACCGUCUCCUGCAUCUCCCACCAGCAGUGCUGCCUCUAGAACGUCUUUGGACCAAGACCCGACCCAGUCCCUCACUCUCGAGCAUCUCGUGAACCACUUCGUCGCAGCCAAACGUGCACUCAACACGCAAACAGUACUAUGGCGCGCCACCGAAAUUGUCAAUACGGCACGUGAUCUUUUGGAAGAGAACGCAGUCGUUGCCGCCAAAAACACAUCCAUACGUAACAUAGUAGAGCAGCAGGUGGAUGCUCUGGAAGCCGUCCGCCGUGGCAUCGACGUGGUCGAGUCUGAAGUACAGGCCGAGUUCAAGCAGCUGCUCCACGACGUCGACACCUCGUUUGCCGGUCUCAACUCUACCCUCGCUGUACUCCGCGAAACACCCAUCGAGGCCGUCCUGCAGCCCUACGGCACUCCGCAGAAGCAUCUUUACGACUUCAUCGACAGCGCCACCGUCUCCAACCUCCAAACCGCAUUGCGCGCCUGCAUAGACCGGUACAAUGACGCUCACGCGACGCUUGACGAGACUUGUCAUGACUUCGACACAUGUCUCGACAACAUCUACUCCUCGAUCGAAAAUGUACCCACGACACCUGCAACCACGUCGACCCCGAGUCCCAUACCGAGUCUAUACCACAACCUUGAGGGCCACGCAAAAGAGGCUGCCCAGGCAUUCCAGUCGCUUGUCCAGCAUUACGAUCUGUGCAUCACAGCCUUGCGCCACACAGAAGGAGGCUCCGCUGCUGCCACACAAGCAACGGGAGAUGCGCCAGUUCAUUCGGGAGACGACAACGCCGCGCCUCCCGAGCCUAUGAGUGAAGAAGAGCGCCGCGACAUGCUCAAUGUCCUGCAAAAGGACGCCCAGGAGGUGGAAGAUGUCGUGACCGAGAUACAGGAACGAGGCUCUGAGAUGACCUUUCUCCUUGGCCAAAUCGAGAACCACAUCCGCCACGUCCGCAGCGAAUCUUCAGCCUUGUCCAGUAUACUCGAGAUGAUAUCCCAAGUUACUGGCCAAGUCAAGCGUCAUAUCGUCACCUCACGCUCUUUCUAUGCCUCGUGGCUGCAAGACACGCGGCCUAGCCUAAUCAGCGGCAUCGAAGAUUGGGAGAACCAGCGCGACUUCUACGAACGCUUCGAUCUUGCCUAUGCCGAACUCCUCGUCGAGAUUUCGUCACGACGACGACGGCACGAAAAGGCAAAACGGAAAGCCGAAGAAGCGCAAAGGGAGCUAGAUAGACUGCGGGUUGAAGACGAGCGUGCAAGGGAGCAGUUUACCUUGGCUCAGGGCGACUUUCUUCCCUUGGACAUCUGGCCGGGACUGAGGGAUCCGCCGCGACAGUACCAAGUCACAGUUGUACCCGUUGCUGCGGAAGGGGAGCAUGACGAAGAUGCUCAAGGAAUGGAUGGUGGACAAAGCAUACCACAACUAGGCAGGACUGUCGUCGAGAGGGCUCUCACACGGGUCAAACGACGAAUGUAA